GAUUCCUUUUUGAAAUUAAUUUUACGAACGCAACUUAAAAAGUCUUUAUCCUAUAUUUAUUUGUUGUUCAAUUGUUCUGAAUUGUCACCACUGAGCAUGCCACUGAGCACAUAGAUACUGACUACAUUAUUGUCAAUUAUAGUUUUGUUAUGAUUCAUUAUUUUUUAGCGUUUUAGGUGGGUAGUUAGUAUUAAUUAAGGCAAGCUAUUUGAAUCCAUUAAACAAAAAUAUAGCAGUGCAACAAUAGCGAAAUUGAGGAAUUAACGUUGAAAGUGAUUUAAAUAUAUCAAAUAUCAAAAUGUGUGCUAAAAUGGCAUUUCAGCAUCAAGCCGGAACGGCUAUGGAAUGCUUAAGUAUUCCAAUAACUCUUCAUAAAGAAGUAAGUGGUGAUACAAUGAGAUGUGGAUUUAAAAUAGGUGGUGGAAUUGAUCAAGAUUGUCGAAAAAGUCCUCAGGGAUAUACAGAUAAUGGCAUUUAUGUAACGGAAGUUCACGAUAAUAGUCCUGCUUCAAGGAGUGGUUUGAGAGUGCAUGACAAAAUUCUACAGUGCAAUGGAUAUGACUUUACAAUGGUAACACAUAAAAAGGCAGUGAGCUAUAUUAAAAAGAAUCCUGUGUUAAAUCUCCUAGUUGCUAGGAAAGGUGUAACAUCUACUUAAUAUAAUUAUUAUCAAUUACAUUGAUGUGUCAACAUUAAUAUAAGCCACAUGACCAUAUUCAGUAUUAGGUAUUAGGACAUUACAUUAUAUUAGAAAUAUUAAAUUUGUAGAUUUUUAUAAUGUUGCAAAAUUGUAGUUCUUCUUUGACACAUCAUAUUUCUGUGAUUUUUAAUAAGGAUAUUAUAAGUAAAUAUCAUUCCAUAUUCAGUUGCCAAAGGUGUACAUUAUUUUUUAUUCAGUAUAUAUACAUAUAUAACAGGCAAGUUACCAAUUUUGUAUUAAUAUUAAGCAAGUAUAAAAAACUAAAACAGCAGAAUGUAUCAUAAGUUUUGUUUUAGUUUGGUUAAUAGCAUGAAAUAACAAGUCAUUAUAAGAGCAUUUAUUGCAAAAUAAGUUUUCGUUUUCUAUGCUGAAAGUAAUAAAUAAAUCUACAAAAAACAAAUAUUAUCAUUAAGCAAAUAGAAGCUGAAUUAUGUUGACUUACUUUUACUCUUUUUAGUAAGGAAAUACUUCAGAUUAAUAGCUUUUAUUGACAAUUACUGUAAUGCUUGCUAUAGCAGAAGUUUAUAUAAAAUAUGUUUAAUAAAAUAUUAUCUAUA